CUCGUUUCUUAAAAUUGUUUUGGCAACACUUCCGAAACUUCAAUAUGAUAUACCCAGGUCUCCUUUCACUGAUUGGACUUGCGAUAGCCACAACAGACUCUCUGAAUUACCGAAACAUACCCGGCUAUGUAGCACCCAGUUCCUCAAAUACGACGACCGCUCUAGAUUUCAUUAAGUCUCGGUCCGACUUAAGCAUCCUGUCUGAGAAGAUCGAUGAACUUGGCGGAUUUGCACAAGCGUUAGACACAGAUCCAGAUUGGAAAUUUACAUUCUUUGCGCCGAAUAACGAUGCCUUUGAGAAAUAUACUGGGGCAUACUUUGAUAGCUUCGAGCCGACUCCGAAAGGGAAAUGGUGGCUGGGGAACACUAUCAUCCACCACUAUGUGCCUAACUCCGAGUUCACAUCAGCUAUUUUCAAUGAGACUUUGCAGCGAUUUCAGACUGCCACCUACCUCUUUGUGAGCUCGCAAGUACAAGAUGAAACGGUUAUUCUCAACCAAGUGGCAAGAGUAGUGGAAUCAGAUAUCCCGGUUACCAGUGGCGUGAUGCACAUCAUCGACCGUAUCCUAGACCCAUCAGCACAGAUCUUCGAGCCCGAUCUUCCGCGGAUGUCACAGACUUUCAUCGCAGGGAGUUGCUCGAAUCCUCAGUUUUCGUAUUGUUGA